GUCAUCACUAAAUUCGCAAAGAGUGACCCGCAACAGUGCUUACUGACGUUAUCGGAUAUCUGCCACGCAUCCGAAGUCUUCCAUUGGCCAACGUCUUCCAACAUUGUAGCAUUUGAAGGGCCAAGGAUACCCGAGAUAUCCGUUGCUACCCAUCCGCCAGUAUCACAGGCCGUUGAGAGGAGGAUGACAUGACACCGAUCGGCAAUGGCUUCCUUGAGCCGCGUCUUCGUGAGCCCUCUGUCAUUGACAUGCGUGUUCAGAAGGAAUCAGUGGGUAUCGAGCCCGUGACAGAAGAUCAUCAGCAGCAAUGGCCGAUUGUUCUGUGCUGCUUCCGUCGAAUUUCCAGGUCCCCUAGCUUGGUCAUCUGUGGACCACCUGACUAGGAAACCUGCC